UUUGCUGCAGUUUAGGGAAGUUAACAGCCAUUUUCUUGCAGACUUUAAUUGAAAACACAACACAUUUAGCUAGCUUUUGGUUAUAUUUGGUAUUACAUAGGGAUUUAUUCUAAAAGUACAUACUGUUUUAUUGCGGGUUUUUGUCGUGCUUGUUAUCGCCUUAGCUAACGUUAGCCUCGGUAGCCCUGCGCGUGCUGAGGACGAAGGUUGACAGAAUGUCGAGACCCCGGUCUGGAUCGCCACGUUACAGGAGGUUCCCGUGGGAUGAACCCGACUUUGAUCCUCACAAAGUCGUUGCAGAACUGGAAGGGAAUCCGUCGGAGAGGAGCCACCGCCCUCGAGAAGAUCUGGAAGAACACUGGGACUACUUCAGGGAAGAUCGGCACCCUGAAGCCCAGAGAAGAUCCUCCGCUCUUUUCCAAGAUGACCGUCAGUUUGGGCAUCAACGUCAUCCAAACCAGGAGGAGUUUUACCGCAGAAGGCCCCCGUCGCCCCGUCGUGAUGCGGCGGGCUUUGAUGAUGACCGGAGGCUUUUCCCACCGCACGAUGGAGAAGGAGGUAGACACAGAGCAGGGUUUAGAGAACUUUUCCAGAGUUUUGAAAACAGGCAUAGGUUGUCCCAGUCGCCUCCGAUGUUGACGAGGGAAAGAUUACCGCCGACAUCAAGGUCUCACUCAGACCACCAACAGAGAGAGCCGGGGGUCGGCUGGAGGAGAGGGGAGCAGGGCAGAGGGCGAGGGAGGUUCAGGGACCUCAGUCCCAGUGCGAGGUUGGAUGACCAAAGAGGGGGAGCAGCUAUGGAGAGAGGAAGGAGGAACACACAGCGUCCUAAUAGUGACAGACGAAGAGAGGACUCUCAUCAAGAGAGGAACGCCCCCUUUAAAAGGCAAAGAAGAGAAAUGGAUGGCGCCACUCACCUUGGGUACAGGAAUGAGGAGGACUUUGGGGAACAGCGUUACUCAGUGGACACACCCAGACAUAGGUUUGGAGGAGACACUCAGGGGAGCCUCCCACGUGGAAACACGCGGCCCUCGGGAGCACUCGCCAUCGAACAUGAUCACGGCACCGCAGACGGCAGACAACCGCCACGGUGGGAACAACUUAGCAGCCGCGGAGACCCCGACUUCGAUCGACAGAGGAGUCCCCGUCCAACGGGCUCCUCUCAGGAGCGUUCCAGGCCGUCGGACAGCAGGUCGGAUGAUCGGGAAGACGCAAGAGGACGCCAUUUUCAAGAUGUCUGGAAAGAAUCCAACUCUAACGAUCAUGAAACCAGGAGGAAUCCUGCGCCACAAGAGAGACCAAACCCCGCGAGAUAUGGUAAUCGUGAUUGUCCCGUGAACCACAGGGGGAGGGGCGGUCCUCACCCGGCGAGAGGGCAGUUCAGUCGCGGCCAGGGGGGGCAGACUGCACCGCCCAGGAAUCAACCCCGCUUACAGCAGUCCUCCAAAGGAUACCAAGAUCUUCCUCAUGAAGCGCAAAGACCGGUUUACCGACCCUUCAGGGAGGAUAGCUACGAGGACCCCGUCGAAGAGGAGCCCGACUGGGCAGAAGAAGUAAAACCUCCACAUUGGGAACCUCACAGGCCUGUAAGUGUGGACCGGCGCCUCCAGCGGGACGACUUGGACCCUAAAAUGCCCCGUCAGAGGGAGCGAGGGUGGAACGGUCAGAACAACCACAUGAGCGCCGUAACGGAGGAAACGCUAACCAUCAAAGUGGACAUGAGCCGACCCGUAAACAAGAACAGCUCGCUGUGUUACUCCUCGGACAGGCAGCUCUCUUUAGAUCUGGUCAACGUGGGACGCCAGCGUCUGGACUUCCUGCCCAUGCUGGAGCACUCUGGGACGUACCGGGAGACCGCAAUGCACGCUGGGACUUUUGCCCAGGAAAUCAUCACACUGGUGCACCAGGUCAAAGAGCAGUACUUCAGAGAUGAUGGAGUCUCUCUGAACGAGCGCUUCUCAGCGCCUCAGAAAGGCGGCGGCUCUGAAGACGAGACGGAGGAGCUGACGCUGGAUGAGAGGUUCAGUGCAAACCGAGGCUUCAGCCUGAACAUGAACUCGCUGCUCGACGACGACGAGCCUCUGUUCUCCAGACUCGGCCCGUUACCGCCGGUUCGAGGCCCGGGGGACCUGAGACACAACCUGGAGAGGAGGCGGCAGGAGAAGCUGGAGGGAGUGAAGGUCACAAUAUCAGGGAGCAGCCAAUCACAGCGGCCCCUGGAUCCAAUCAGCGAGCCGAGUUCAGAGGACGAAAUGUCUCAGAUGGACGACGAAGGAUUCUCCACCUGGCCAGAGGAGCACAGCAGGAGGCGAGAAGGCAACAUGGCACCACGGAGAGGAGCUCCCUUCGCCUCCCAGCGCAGGAACACUCGCCCCGUCAACCGGCUGGGACCAAUAAGGCGACCGAACAGCCGCAACCACCCUGCAGGUCCUAACUGGUGAUGGGACUCUGGGUAUCCUGGGUUUUGGAUUCUGCUACUUUUAAAACCACUUUAAAAAACAGCCAAUCAAAAAGGAUUUUGUUGAAUUGUGUUGAUUUGCAUCAUCAGCACAAUGAUGGCGUUCGUCAAACUGAAGUUGUUCACUGUCUUUGUUUUAUGCGUCUCUGGUAUUGAUGUCUGAUUUUCACACUUUAUGUGUCGCCAUGAUUUAAAACAGUAUUUUUAAUUUCUUUUAAUCAAACGCUUUGUGAGACCUGCUGGUUUGAGCCGCUCGCAGCUGGAGCUCUGAAGGUUUUGCUGCAGCAGAAGAUGAAAUGAAGGAAAAUGCAUCUGGCUUGUGACGCUACGGGACUUAAUUCACUUGUUCGUGCCGUCGGGUGAUUAAAACGUCCGCACACAGUCAUCAGUGGAGCACAAGUCGACCAGUGACGGCUCUUUGAUCACGUCUGUACACUUGUAUUUUAGCGUUACACCGGCUCUUCCUGUCGGUGACACGUGGCCCUGUUGCUGAAUAAAUGAAAUAUUUGUCAAUUU